CACACUCAUCACACAGAAAAACACACAGACAGAGGAAGCCAUUUUAGACAGAGUUUCUUCUCCCAGGUUCGCCAGUCAACAACUUGUUUGUCUUAGUCUUAUAAAUAGCAUUUGACGAAGCAUUUGAUUAAUCUUCCAAUGGAAGUGGUCUGUUUUAGCAGUCCAAUGGGCAUGGAAGUUACUGAGAUCUGUAUGGACAAAGAACCCAAUUCUGUGGUGACAUACUCAAGUGGUACUCCCACCGAGGAAAAUGAUGUGACCACCAACCCUCAUCAUGUUAUGGAGACAUGUGGACUUGUCAAUGGGGAUGUUCAGUCCAAUGUUAUAGAAGAGAAAGCUGAAGUGAAUGAGUAUGACGUGAAGGAAUGCACCAGUGAAAAGUCAGUUGUAUCUACAGUCUGUCACAUUAAGAAUGUUGAGCAAGCUGUACUAGUCCCAAAAUGUGAGACUGGGGCACCUGAGGAGCUGAAAUCCGAAAGCCCUGAAGUAAAAGAUGAUAGUAGGAAGACAAAAGUUCCAGCGAAAUCUAAGACAAAGUCUCCUUCUGGAAACUGUAAAACCAAAUGCACUAUUCCACAGCCAUUUGCAUUGGCGACUGCAAAGCGUGCUUCAUUUGGAGCUCGUCCGGUUGGAACUGAAACUGACAAUGGUGUUGCUACUAAAACAUCAAAGAUUAGCGCUGCCGUGCAUAAAAGUGGUACAAGGCUGAUUCAGCCAGUCUCACCUGCAGCUCAAAGAAAGCCAUUGCAGCCCAAUAAUAAGAAGCACCCUGGUGAAGAAGACUCAUUUUCUGUUGCUUCUUCCGUUUUGGCAUCAACAAGAAAGUCCAGGACUACUAAUGCAUCAGCCCCUGUGUUCAGAUGUACUGAACGGGCAGAGAGGAGGAAGGAAUUUUACACAAAAUUAGAAGAGAAACAUCAAGCACUUGAAGCUAAGAAGAUUCAGUGGGAGGAGAGGACAAAGGAAGAGAAAGAAGCAGCUAUCAAACAAUUCAGAAAAAGUUUGUUAUUUAAGGCAAGCCCAAUGCCAAGUUUCUACCAUGAGGGUCCACCUCCCAAGGCUGAACUGAAAAAGCAACCUCCAACUCGUGCAAAAUCACCAAAGUUGGGUAGAAGAAAGAGCUGCAGUGAAGCAGUUGCUCUUGAAAAGAGGAUAGCUAGCCUCAAUAUUUACAGAGAUGAUGCCACCAUUUCUUCCAUAAGAAGGAAAGAUCGUGUCAAUAUCCAGAUUCCUAUCACCACUCAGAUAUCCAAUGAUGAGCAUGAACCAGGACAAGUUGAUGAACCAUUUGCAUCUAAAUUUAUUGGCAGGAUGAAUAUGGGCAUCUGUUUUCCAUCCUAGUCUUUGGUCAGUCUUCUAAUUUAUUGAAGAAAGAGCUUUUCUUUUGUCUUGUCACCAUUCUGAUGACGUGCAUUUGGUUUCUAUUAACUGCAAGAAAUGCUUGCAGAGGGCUGUGUAUUUAUUUUCUAUUUGUGAACUGUAAAUUUUGUAAGUUAUAUGCCCAAGUCCCAUGUCUGAAGGACUGUCUUUGUUGUAUAUGAUUUCCUUUCUCUCUGGAAUAACUGGAUAGCAUUUCUUGAAUUAUGUUUUAUGUUUAUAAAUGCAAGGAAUUGCAUUCACAA